AUGCUUUGGACAAAAAAUAAAUUAAAAUUAAUCAAAAUUGUCCUGCAAAUUGUGGGCAGGUACCGCGUUAAACAGAAUCAAAGUUUGGGCAGGUACCGCGUUAAACAGAAUCAAAUUGUGGGCAGGUAUCGCGUUAAACAGAAUCAAAGUGUGGGCAGGUACCGCUUUAAACAGAAUCAAAGUGAGGGCAGGUACCCCCUUAAACAGAAUCAAAGUGUGGGCAGGUACCGCUUUAAACAGAAUCAAAGUGAGGGCAGGUACCCCCUUAAACAGAAUCAAAGUGUGGGCAGGUACCGCUUUAAACAGAAUCAAAGUGAGGGCAGGUACCCCCUUAAACAGAAUCAAAGUGUGGGCAGGUACCGCUUUAAACAGAAUCAAAGUGAGGGCAGGUACCCCCUUAAACAGAAUCAAAGUGUGGGCAGGUACCGCUUUAAACAGAAUCAAAGUGAGGGCAGGUACCCCCUUAAACAGAAUCAAAGUGUGGGCAGGUACCGCUUUAAACAGAAUCAAAGUGAGGGCAGGUACCCCCUUAAACAGAAUCAAAGUGUGGGCAGGUACCGCUUUAAACAGAAUCAAAGUGAGGGCAGGUACCCCCUUAAACAGAAUCAAAGUGUGGGCAGGUACCGCGUUAAACAGCAUCAAAAUGUGGGCAGGUACCGCGUUAAACAGAAUCAAAGUGGGGGCAGGUACCGCGUUAAACAGAAUCAAAGUGGGGGCAGGUACCGCGUUAAACAGAAUCAAAGUGUUGGCAGGUACCGCGUUAAACAGAAUCAAAGUGUUGGCAGGUACCGCGUUAAACAGAAUCAAAGUGGGGGCAGGUACCGCGUUAAACAGAAUCAAAGUGUUGGCAGGUACCGCGUUAAACAGAAUCAAAGUGAGGGCAGGUACCGCGUUAAACAGAAUCAAAGUGUUGGCAGGUACCGCGUUAAACAGAAUCAAAGUGAGGGCAGGUACCGCGUUAAACAGAAUCAAAGUUUGGGCAGGUACCGCGUUAAACAGAAUCAAAGGGUGGGCAGGGACCGCGUUAAACAGAAUCAAAGUGUGGGCAGGAACCGCGUUAAACAGAAUCAAAAUGUGGGCAGGUACAGCGUUAAACAGAAUCAAAGUGUGGGCAGGUACCGCUUUAAACAGAAUCAAAGUGAGGGCAGGUACCCCCUUAAACAGAAUCAAAGUGUGGGCAGGUACCGCUUUAAACAGAAUCAAAGUGAGGGCAGGUACCCCCUUAAACAGAAUCAAAGUGUGGGCAGGUACCGGGUUAAACAGAAUCAAAAUGUGGGCAGGUACCGCGUUAAACAGAACCAAAUUGUGGGCAGGUACCGCGUUAAACAGAAUCAAAGUUUGGGCAGGUACCGCGUUAAACAGAAUCAAAUUGUGGGCAGGUAUCGCGUUAAACAGAAUCAAAGUGUGGGCAGGUACCACGUUAAACAGAAUCAAAGUGUGGGCAGGUACCGCUUUAAACAGAAUCAAAGUGAGGGCAGGUACCCCCUUAAACAGAAUCAAAGUGUGGGCAGGUACCGGGUUAAACAGAAUCAAAAUGUGGGCAGGUACCGCGUUAAACAGAAUCAACGUGUGGGCAGGUACCGCGUUAAACAGAAUCAAAAUGUAAAAACGUCACGUCUUCAUAAAUCUAAAUACACGUCAUUAUCUAUACGCUGA